UUCCAAAAUACGCAACCAACGAUAAAAGCGGUUUUAUUUGAUACACAACAACGCGGCAACAUCUCAAGACUUGAUUUCCAUUUCCGAAUUCUUCUUCACUCGAUCUCUACGCAGAGCUUCUUCACACAGAGGAAUCAUGACCGGGAAAGAUAUUCUUAGACAAAUGAAGGAAAAAGCUGCUACAGUUGUUGGAUCAUUGGUCAAUGCAGACACGGCGAAAGGAAAAAGUACGACGGCGUCGAAGAACAUCACUCAUGGAUUUCAUCUCGUCAAGGGCAAGUCACAUCAUGCAAUGGAAGACUACCUAGUCUCUCAACUUAAGAAAGUUCAUGAAAAUGAUCUUGGUUUGUUUGCAAUCUUUGAUGGUCAUAUGGGCCAUACUGUGGCAAACUACUUACAAUCCAACCUAUUUGACAACAUUCUGAAAGAGGGUGACUUUUGGACAGACACAAAACGUGCUUUAAAGAGAGCAUAUGUCACUACAGAUUCUUAUAUCUUGGAACAUUCGGUUUCCCUUGGAAGAGGUGGAUCCACAGCAGUUACAGCAAUACUUGUGAACGGUCAGAAGCUUGUAGUUGCAAAUGUUGGAGAUUCUCGAGCUGUUUUAUCCAAGAAUGGUGUGGCGAAACAGCUGUCAGUUGACCACGAGCCGAAUAAGGAAGAAGAGAAAAGAAUGAUUGAGAGUAAAGGUGGAUUUGUUUCCAACAUUCCAGGUGAUGUUCCUCGAGUUGAUGGUCAGUUAGCAGUGGCAAGGGCUUUUGGAGAUAAAAGCUUGAAGAGACAUAUGAGUUCGGAACCAGAUGUGAUAGAAGAGACGAUAAAUGGGGAUGCAGAAUGUCUAAUCUUGGCGAGCGACGGAUUAUGGAAGGUGAUGACAAACCAAGAAGCAAUAGAUGCUAUAAAACACAUAAAGGAUGCACAACAGGCAGCUAAGCAUUUAACAGAAGAGGCUGUUGCUAGAAAAAGCAGAGAUGAUAUCUCCUGUAUAGUUGUCAAGUUUCACUAAUUUAAAAAGAAGCUUUUCUCCAAUUGUCACUGUUUUAUCUUUUCACUUUUCCUUAUUUAUUUAUCAGGAUUAUUAAUAAACCACUACUUCAUGUAGAAAGAACAGCAUGCUUAUGUUUACAAAACUCAUGUUUUUUAUGUUUCUUAUUAGCACAAAACUGCUUCUUUGGUAUGAGAAAUUUGUUAUUUGAGUAAAAGAGUUUAUUAUAUAUAGAUUUAAUGAAUUAUUUGAGUAAAAUAA